AUGCCUCAAUACUCUAUCGGACCUGCGGACGAUUCACGUCCUUUCUGGACCCAGGAAUAUAGCGAUGACGCGUGUGAGAGUAUUCGGGAGUAUUCGGAAACCAAGGAAUAUUUCGCACUAAAGAUCUUGAAGCUAAGUUGUAACAUUACCUAUAAUGUCGAACAAAAAAUCCUUAAAAAGACUGGAAGACUUGAGCGUUCGUUCUUAUAUCUCCAUAUGCCCACUAAAAGAGUGCAUCUUUGCCUCGUGACAAAGCCGGCUGGAUGCACCCUUAGAGCCAGAACCCUGGCCGGUCUUACCACCCCUGGGGUUUUUGGCCGUCCGUGGGACAUCAUUUCAAUCAGAGUCUUUAUCGAGACGCUCUUAUCGAAGGUCUUUGAAUUCCAUGAUAAGGGAAUAUAUCAUGGAGAUCUUAGCCCGUCUAAUAUUACCCUUGGCCUGGAUACAAAUGCAUUCGCCCCCGAAGCUAUUAAGGAGUCUUUCGAGGAGGAUAUACGAGGUUGGGUAUACCUGGCACGUCUACCACCCUCGGAAACACAUCCUGUUCGGCCACCAUGUCUACCAGAAUAUAUCAUACAGCACUACUUCCCGCUUGCAUCGAAUGGGUGGGAUUUCUCUUUGAUAGAGAUAAUUGACUUUGGAUUAGGGGGGUACGAGACAAAAAAGAAGAAGCUAGGUGGCACACGAGGCUACCGGCCACCUGAAUGGAGAGACCCAGGUGCUCUCGGGAGUAUUAAAUGCGACCUCUGGAGCUUGGGAUGCGUUCUUUAUUUUGGAUUGGUGCAUGAUGACCUGUUUGAAACGGAGCAUGACCAGAACGUCUAUGUGGCCGCAACCGAAACAGACCAAUUAUCGAUCAUUGACCGACGUUUAGAACAAGAGCAUCAGGUUUUCAGGGAGCAUACCGAGUAUAGGAAAACAACGAGCAGACUGAUUCAUUCGCUCAUGAAAGUAGAUCCGACAAAACGUGACGCAGCAAAGGCCAGGGAGUUUCUCAACGAGUUGGCAAUGUAUGCCGACACGGUUCUACAAAACUAG